UCAUUCAGUUGAGAGUUUUCAAUGUCAAUUCAAUAAUUCGGUCCUGUGGGCAUUGGUGUUCAUUCAAUCUUCUUAAAUUUCAAAUUUGCCUUUCACCUUAACUCCAGAAAUCCCUUCACCUUCUUCAUCAUCAUUAUCAGUACUGAAGUAGUUCUGUAUUGGCAUAUUCUUGAUUCUCUUUCUCUCUCCGGUUCUAAUACAUAAUUGGUCAACUGAUACCUCAUAUCAUCUCUCAGUAUAGUGGCAUUAUAUUCCUUCUGUGUUCAAGAUCUAUCAAGAUUUCCAGUGAUAUAAGUUUACUGGAAAUGUCAUCUUUGAAUUUGAGCAGAAUUUGAUGUUUUUGGAUUUGUAUAUAUGCCCAGAAUUGAAGAACAUGGCACCAAGUUCUGUAGUGGUAACCAUUGAGAGCUCCAAGAGCAUUUCUCGAAUUGAAGUCAUGGAUUCGAAUUCCCGGGAUAAAGAAAAGGCUGCAAAUCCGAAAACAGUGUCGUGGGUGCUUCUUCUCAGAGCUCUGGCGUGCCUUCCAUGGCUGGCAACGGGUGUUUGCUCCACAUUUUCGACUGUUAAGAAACGCAUUGCGAACGAUGUGAGGGAUGAAGAUCCCAAGUACAGAGGGAAAGUGUACAGGUUUAUCAGAGCCUUUCUUGCAGUUUCUGUGGUGGGAUUGAUUCUGGAGGUGAUUGCGUUCUACAAUGAAUGGGAUUUGAGCCUUGCAGCUCCCUGGGAGGUUCACAAUAUCUGGCAAUGGACUUACAUGUCUUGGCUGUCUCUCAGAGCAGACUAUGUUGCUCCCUCCAUUGUCACCCUCUCCAAGUUCUGCACCGUCCUGUUCCUCAUACAAUCCUUGGACCGCCUCGCCCUCUGUCUCGGCUGCUUCUGGAUUAAGUUCAAGAAGCUCAAGCCACAAAUGGAGGAGAAUGCAUAUGACCCAGAAGAUUGCUCAAGCUUCCCCAUGGUUCUUGUGCAGAUUCCCAUGUGUAAUGAAAAAGAGGUUUUUGCACAAUCAAUAGCGGCGGCUUGCCAGUUGGAUUGGCCAAAAGAUCGUCUUCUGGUCCAAGUUCUGGACGAUUCAGACGACGAGGCUUUACAGCAAAUGAUCAGGAAUGAAGUUCUGUCAUGGAAUGGGAAAGGCAUGAACAUAGUCUACCGACAUCGUUUCAUCAGAACAGGUUACAAAGCCGGCAACCUUAAAUCAGCAAUGGCGUGUGACUACGUUAAGGACUACGAAUUCGUGGCAAUCUUCGAUGCAGACUUCCAACCCAGCCCAGAUUUCCUCAAACAGACAAUUCCCCAUUUUAAGGGGAAACCAGAAGUGGGACUUGUUCAGGCACGGUGGAGCUUCGUGAACAAGGACGAGAAUUUGAUCACCCGCCUUCAGAACAUCAACAUGUGCUUCCAUUUCGAGGUGGAGCAGCAAGUGAAUGGGUAUUUCCUCAACUUCUUCGGGUUCAAUGGGACCGCGGGGGUGUGGAGAAUCGCCGCCCUGGAAGAGUCCGGUGGGUGGCUCGAAAGGACUACUGUGGAAGACAUGGAUAUCGCGGUUCGAGCACACUUGAAUGGAUGGAAAUUCAUAUACCUCAACAAUGUCCGGGUGCUCUGUGAGCUCCCAGAGUCCUAUGAAACCUACAAGAAACAGCAGCAUCGUUGGCAUUCUGGUCCUAUGCAGCUCUUCAGAUUAUGCCUUCCAGCCAUUUUAACUUCCAAGAUAUCAAUUUGGAAGAAGGGCAAUUUGAUCUUCCUGUUCUUUCUCCUGAGGAAGCUGAUACUUCCAUUUUACUCCUUUAUGCUCUUCUGCAUCAUACUUCCUCUAACAAUGUUCAUCCCAGAAGCUGAACUACCUCCAUGGGUGAUCUGUUACAUUCCCAUUAUCAUGUCCAUCUUGAACAUCCUCCCAGCCCCGAAAUCUUUCCCGUUCUUGAUGCCAUACCUCCUCUUCGAGAACACCAUGUCCGUCACAAAGUUCAACGCCAUGGUCUCGGGUUUAUUCCAAUUAGGCAGCGCCUACGAGUGGGUAGUGACCAAGAAGACGGGGCGCUCAUCCGAGCCAGACUUGCUAGCUUUAGCAGAGAGGGAAUCCAAAGGGGAUAAACUCCAGAGACAGCUAUCCGAAUCCGGGCUCGAAAUGUAUACUAAAAUGAAGGAGAAAGAGGUGCAGGCUAUCCCCAUUUCUGCAAAGAAGACUAAGAGAAACAGGAUUUACAGACAGGAAUUGGCUCUUGCUCUCCUCCUCCUCACUGCUGCUGCAAGAAGCUUACUGUCUGCUCAUGGGAUUCACUUCUAUUACUUGCUGUUCCAAGGCUUAACUUUUCUAGUUGUCAGUCUCGACCUCAUCGGAGAACAGGUGAGCUAAGCAACCUUAGCUCACCCGCCAACCGCAUAGGCCUUGUUUGGCAGUUAACCGCUAAAAUGGGCCAACCAGCUAAAGACAGCUGAUUACCAAACAAGGCCAUAGUCAAUUUGCCACAAACAGGAUUCUACUACAAAUACUCAAAUAUAGACAUAUAUAGUUAUAUUAUACAGGUGAAUGAAUCUAAGGAGUAGCAUACUGAUUUUUUUUU